GACUUGCAUAUGGAAUUGCAUUUGUUGCAAGCUUGCAAAUAUGCAAUUGGUAGCCAUAUCAAUGCAAUUGGGUUUGCAAUUGCAAAUACCUAUGCCAUGUCAUUUUGCAAUUGAGAAUGCAAUACCAAUGUGGAUGCUCUAAUGAAUUCCAAAAUAGUUCAUGGCAUUAUUUUACCAUUGACUUCCUCCUUCCAAAAAGAGCUGUUUGCCCUGACCUUUCUCUCCUUCCUACUGUACGAACCCAUCAGUUUCUUGUACAACUGAAUUUCACCCCUACAACCGAUGGGUAAUAUCCAAUGUGUAUACGCUGCAACCCAUAUAAUUCCCAAACCCUGUCUUCUUCUCCAUUCUUUUCUUCCCAUGCUCUGUUUUUACCACCACUAGAGACAACCCUCCAAAAGAAGAAGAAAACAAGCAAGGAACUAGGAAGGAUGUUUAGCCAGACGCCUUCCUUCAUCAAGGUCUUGGUUGGGUGUUUCUCCAUGAAGCUGAGGAUUCCAGAUUCAUUCAUCUACGCGUUCGGCCAAGAUCUGGACGGGAAAGUGACCUUGAAGCCCAAUGCAGGGACUCCCGCGGUUGUCUCCGUGGAGUGGGGAAGCAGGGGAUGUUUCUUCGGAGCUGGAUGGCCGUCGUUUGUCGAUGAUAAUGGUCUCCAAGAAGGCGACUACCUGGUUUUCAACUUCACUGGCAGCGAAACCGUCGAUGUCGUCAUUUACGACCCAACUGGCUGCGUCAAGAGAAUUGAGGAAGUUCAGACCAGCAAGCAUUGUCCAGGUUCUGCGAGGAAUCGCGAAACAGAGCCAUCCCCUGAAAACCCCAGAAACGGAAUGGGGAAAGAGGGGAAAAGAGAAGCUCAAACCCGCAUGCCAGAAAGGAAUCUCAGAACAGAGCAACUCCGCCAAACUACGAGGCCUCUCCGAAGCUCAAGAAGGAGUUUCAGAACAGAGCAACUCCCCCAAACCAGUAAACGAAUGGCGAAAGGUUCAGAGUUGAACCCACAAGAAGCUCCAAUCAAGACAGAGCCAGAAGAAGGGUAUUUUUCUGGCGAUGCUUCUCAAGGUUUGGAUGCUUGCUUCCAAGUAGUUUACAAGAAGUACAUGGAAUUCAAUGUGUGCAUCCCACUGAGAUUUUGUACAAUCGCUCGGCUGGAAAUGAAGGACAGUGUUCAACUUCAGGAUCCAAGCGGCAGAGUUUGGCCAGUUGCACUAAUAGCAGGAGGAGGCAGGAGGAGAUCAAGCAAACGAUUCGGUAGUGGCUGGCCUGCCUUUGCUGCUGCUAAUAGCGUGGCUUUUGGAGACAGAAUCGAUUUCCAUUACAAGCCUGAACUGGGUGUCUUCCAGGUGGAGAUACACAAGCCAAAGAACAAUACUUGCAACGAUUCUGAAACUGGGAAGCGGCCAUGGAAGAGAUCUGAUGGUGGAAAUCAUGAAAGGAGCAAGCUUUUCCAAAGUUAUGGAUGGAACUCCGAAACAGAGAAAUUGCCCAAACCCAGAAAAGGUUUACAGAGGAAACGAGGAGCUCCAGCUAAAACAAAGUUCAGAAAAGGUCAUUCUUCUGGCAACAAUGCUUCUCCAGGUUUGGCUGAUUCCUACCAAGCCAUUUACAAGAAGCACAUGAAACGCUCUAAUUACAUGUGCAUGCCGACGAGAUUUUCUGAAGCCACGAAGCUGUCACAGAGGAAAACUGCUCAACUUGAGGACCCAAGAGGGAAAGUGUGGACGGUUUCUGUAAUCUCAAUACGGAAUGGCAGGCAGAGACGGUUCAGUCGUGGCUGGCCGGCCUUGGCCGCAGCUAAUGGCUUGGCUGUUGGAGACGGAAUCGAGUUCACUUACAAGCCUGAUUUGGAUUUGAUCCAGGUGAAGAUACACAAACGAAAGUCCAAUGCUGGAAACGAUUCUGAAAUCUGAAGUUGGAGAGGAAGAGGUAAUGGAAGAGAAGUGGGCAAGUGGUGUUGUAAAGCUUUUAGAUUGAAAAGAGGUAGCGCCUAGGGCUAGUAAUUGUAGUCUUUUUUACUGGUAGGGGUUUCAGUAUGUCGCUAAGGUAAUGAACAGCAUGAUGAAAUUGCAGAUCAGCAGAUGGGGUUUCAGUUUGUCAUUUCACUUUGUUUGAUUUCAGACCCUCAGUAAUGGAAGUUACUUCCCCUUAGUAAAAAGGUCAGUAGAGCUUAAAAUGUGGUGGUGGUAAAAAGUGAGGUUAAAAGUUAAGAAGUUUUGACAUCCCAAAAUGGCUACAGUACAAGUAAUGAAUAGCUCAUAGUGAGAAGGGUUUCAAGAAUUCACAGCCCAGACCCAGAGUAUUAAAACCGAAACAUGCAGGGCUAAAAGACAGCACCCACCCCAAACUUCCUUAGCGGACUAGUACUAGCACUAUGGAAUCAAACAGAGAGAUAAAGGUUACCAUUGCUCAACCUCGUAGAGCUAGAGCUCUACCUUUUUGAGUUAGUAUGCUUUCAUUGUCGUCAUGGUAUUGUAGUAUACGUUGUUAUUGAUGACUGAAUCUGUCUUAUGUACUAUUUUCUUUUUAAAAUAGUGUCUGAUAGAGAUGUGAGUUGCUUGUGCUGUCAAUGACGGUCAGAUAAGUUAGAGCAGUAUAUAGUAAUGCUAAAAUGAGAAAUUCAUAUAAUGUUGACAUAUUGAUAUAGAUAAACAUGGAAUGCUCAGAUGGUACUUGGCACAAAUUACUCAGCAUGCGAACAUACUUCUAAUCAGUGCCGACGAUCGUCGACUCUUGAUUCUAGUGCUUUAUGUCAAUGUGAGUAAUUGUUGUUUUUGUUCUUACGCCGUGGUAUCCAUCAUCUACUCGAAGCUCUAUUUUGAGUUAGUAACACCUAUUAUGAUUGUUUGUAUGCACUCAUGAUUGUCACGAUGCUGUAAUCUAUGUUGUUAUCUAAUAACAUAACUUGUUAUAUGUAAUGUUUUCUCUCUUUAGAAACAAAUCGACGCCUAAUAAAGUAUGAGUUGAUAAUGUUAGCAACUAAAAGGAUAAGUUUGAAGGUGUGCUUAAAAGAAUCUUUUAUGUAAUGUUUUUUUUUAUAGAUAAAGAUUGAAAUUUGAAGAUCCGAUUUUGACUCCUUUUAGCUCAAACUAAUGGUUCCUUUCUGGACUGGUGUAAUUGAGCAGACUGGCUCCUAGUGUGGGUUAAAGUUUGUUCCUUUAGGUUUCAGUUUGGCAAUUAAUGAUGAAAAUUGCUGUUGGAAAGAAGUGAAAGCUCAUUUCACACUUUGUUUCAUCUCAAACCCACAGCAACUGACGUUACCGUGCCAAAGUGACAGUAAGUCUACUAUCUAUAUAAUACGCUCUUCCCCAUUUCAAAUUUGCUGCCUCCGGAGCAUUUGUCGGAGGGACAAUCUUGGAAAUCAACAAUAUUUUCGGAUGCUGACGGCAGCCAAUUUAGUCGGGCUUUUUUUCCUCUUUCGCCGACCUGGCAGCCCAUUUUCGGAUAUUUGUAUUCUUCUUUCUCUUUCUUUCCUCUGCACGACAAACAACCCUCGGCGAAAUCCAUUAAAGCAGUUCACCACUCCAGAAUAGGAUUAACUCCCGGCGAAUGGUUCAACAGCGAAUGGUUCAACAGAAGCCUCCCAGGUGUUUAGCCUUCGAUUUCCAUUUCUCUUCUCCCACCUCUUAGUCUGAAGAAAAUUCUGCGUGCGAGGUAAGAUACAGGUGUAAUCAAAGGUUGUGUUUCUAUCCCUCUCCCUCUUUAGUUCUUAACCCAUAUCAAUAUUAUAGUGGCACUGGUUUGUUCCAGCGGAGGUCACCAGCGUAGCUGCUUCCCUGCUUCUCGGAUCGCCGCCAAACACCUGUUGGGGUCCCUGAAUUUGUGUCGGCGAUUGUAUUAUUCACAGGUUUGUUUUAUCUUUGAAUAAACCAAAAAAAGGUAA